AUGCCAAAAGAAACCAAAGGAUAGUAAAAAGGUGGAAGAUCUAAAUAUGAAACAACAGAACAAACAGAGACAUAUAGAUAAUAGGAUGCUGUAAAUAUAGAAACUUAUAUAUGAUAGAAAGAAAAGAAAAUUCUGGGACCUAAAACAAAAUUAGAUUUAGAAAAAUUAGAACCUUACUUCACAUAAAAUAAUAACUAUGUUGGAAUGUUUAAAAAGGAUGCAGGAAAGACAGAUAAUAGUUCAGCUGUAGCAUAUUCUGUAACAUUUAAUCGUAACUGUUAGCAUCCAUUAGAUAGAUUGGGUAUUGUAGAGAAUGAAUACUGUUAAAAAUGCAAGAAGGAUAAGGGAUUCUGUCCACAUAAGAAGGACACUCAUAAUACAGUUAAGGAUCAAUUCCAAUUCCCAAUAAUUAGGUAAAUUCAUUUUAUAAUUUUAUAAAGCUCAGCAGAAAUUGGAUGGAGAGAACCAAUUGACAAUGUGAAUUGGGGAUAUGGUGUUAAAUAGUCUUUCCCAAAUUUCAAUGCAGAUUUUAGAAACACUUCUAAAAAGGAGGAAAAAGAAAAGAAAUGAUUUUUUAGGUCUAAC